AUGGCAGAAGAUAGUGAUGAGGAACAAUUUGUUGCACGCACUUUAUUAAAUGAUGGAGAUGAUCAAAAACUUCAUUUAUUCAUUAAAGCUGGUCGAGAUGGUCGGUCCAAAGGUGCAUGUCCAUUUUGUCAAGAUGUAUUUCUUAAAUUAUUAAUAAAACGUGAAGCUGAUAACGAUUUUAGUUUUGAUGUCAUAACAAUAAAUUGUGCCAAUCCACCCAAAGAAUUUAAAGAAAUAUCGAAAAAAUUACCAACACUUGUUCAUGGUGAUAUUGUUUUAAAUGAUGUUGAUGAUAUUGAAGAUUAUCUUGAUUCAUCCUAUCCAAAUUUUAAAUUAUCAUUACGUGAUGCUGAAGCAUUUAAAAUCCAAUCCAAUGUUUUUACACGUUUUACUUAUUUAAUUAAAGAUGUAACAAAUAAUCCACAACCAUUAAUAGAUGAAUUAGAAAAAAUAAAUCGAUUUUUAGAACAACGAGGAACAAAAUUUAUUUGUGGAAAUGAAAUAACAGGUCUUGAUUGUUCAUUAUGGCCAAAAUUACAACAUAUUCGUGUUGCGUCGGAUUAUAUUCUUGGUUUAACAAUUCCAAAUGAAUUUUCAUCGUUAUGGCGUUAUCUUAAUUCUGCUUAUGAACUUGAUGCGUUUGUUAAAUCUUGUCCAUCAGAUCAAGAAAUUGUUUUACAUUGGGUUCGUCGUGAAACAUCAACAAAAGAAUUUUUACAAUUAACAAAAGAAGAACCAAAAUAUUCACUUGAUAUACCUGAACUAGAUUAG